GAGCACUUUAAUUGUUCGCUAUCAGAUGCAGCAUUGUACCUAUAGACAGCCUGCUCUUACAGUGUUUAUAUACACUUUAUUAGCUGCUGACCCCGCACUUUUUAUCUCUAAGUCUGAUUAGAUUGGAGGAAUGUGAGGGCGUCCUGGAUGGUAUAAAAGUGGCAGCUCAGCCCCAGUUUCAGUGCAUCCAGGAAAGCAGAGGAAGUGGUUGGGAAAGAUGAUGAAGUGGUUUAUCGUUGCUUUGGCGUGCUUGACUCUGUCAGAGGGAAUUAUCAGGGUCCCUCUGAAGAAGUUCAAGUCUGUCCGCCAGCAGAUGAGGGAGAGCGGGAAGCUGAAGGCAAUCCAUUACACUGAUCCUGGCCUCAAGUACCAGGGCCUGCACCCCAAUGUCUACGCCACCUCCACCAACGAACCUCUCAUGAACUACGCUGACAUGUCCUACUAUGGGCCCAUCACCAUCGGGACCCCAGCCCAGUCUUUUUAUGUCCUGUUUGACACCGGGUCCUCCAACCUCUGGGUUGCCUCUACGUACUGCAGCAGCCAGGCCUGCACAAACCACCCUUUGUUCAACCCCUCUCAGUCCUCCACCUGGUCCAGUAAUGGGCAGUCCUUCUCCCUGCAGUACGGCACUGGGAGCCUCACUGGGGUCUUCGGCUAUGACACUGUCACUAUCGGAGGCAUUACCAUCAGCAACCAGGAGGUGGGUCUGAGCACCAAUGAGCCCGGCACCAACUUUGUGUAUGCCCAGUUUGAUGGCAUCCUCGGCCUGGCCUACCCCAGCAUCGCAGCAGGAGGAGAGACCCCUGUCAUGGACACUAUGAUGCAGCAGGGCUUGCUGCAGGCCAACAUUUUUGCCUUCUACCUGAGCCAGAAUGAGGCCCAAGGCAGCGAGGUGACAUUUGGAGGUGUUGAUCAGAGCCUAUACACUGGCAGCAUCUACUGGACUGAUGUCACUAGUGAGACGUACUGGCAGAUUGCAAUUAAUGGCUUCUCAAUCAACAACCAGCAGACUGGCUGGUGCAGCAAUGGCUGCCAGGCUAUUGUGGACACAGGCACUUCCCUCCUCACCUGCCCUCAGCAGUACCUGGGAUACCUGCAGCAGUACAUUGGAGCUCAGGCUAACGAGAAUGGGGAGUACAUUAUUGAUUGCAACAACCUGGCUAACAUGCCUACUAUUUCCUUUAACAUCAACGGAGUAAACUUCCCCCUGCCCCCAUCUGCCUACACCAUCGUUAAUAACCAGAAUGGAGAACAAUACUGCACCAGCGGCAUCAUGGGUACCUACCUGCCUUCCCAGAACGGCCAGCCCCUGUGGAUUCUGGGAGACGUGUUCCUGAGUCAGUAUUACUCUGUCUACGACAGGGAGAACAACAGCGUUGGAUUCGCCACUGCUGCUUAAGCACCUCCCAUUCACUCCAGCCUCUGUCCAAUCCCUUUAUAACACGCCUUGAUUACUUAUUAUACAAAUAAAAACACACAUGGAGCUGACUUUAAAUCAUGCAAAUCAUAA